AUUUGUGGCUGGAAUUGCGCGAGGAGUUUAGUGAGAAUGGCAACAUAUGAUUAGGUGUGUUGUGUGCAGGUAUGUUCAGGCGAUGUAUGUUAGAAUGGAUCUACUUCAGCCCUUACCGGUAAUCAGGCGGUACUCCAUAUGCUCCCUGUUCUCCAUUGAUUUCACCGCCAAGCCUCGCAGACACAAUUUCAUAGUUCGCUCUGCUAACAGAAAGGACUCAGCUUCCAACAGUGAUGAGAGCAACACAAACAAAGGUGAGAAUUUAUCUACUGACUGGGAUAAGGCUUGGUCUAACUUCAGGAAGCAAAAGAAGAAGAAGAAAUUAUUCUCCAAUUUUGAUAUUGAAAAGUAUGUAACCCGGAACCCAAGGCCUUCAGAUUAUCCACUUUCAGAGGAGAUCGAUCCUCUCCGAAAAACUGAAAGAUCGGUAUUGGAUGCUUGGACAAAUCCAAAGUUCACUGUAGUAGGAUUUAGCAUUGUAGUUGGCCUCCUUAUUUUUUACAUUGCUCUUAAGUAAGUAUUUUUCAAAAUAGUUUGAAUCUGUAGAAUAAUUAUGUUUCUAAAGGAGUACCAAAGUUUGCUACAAUAUUAUGUAAAAAUAUUGAAUUUUCUGAGAAUGCAAAUGUCAAUACCAUACUCUCUCCCUA